AUGGACAAAUUUCUUAAAAGAAAAUCAACAGUAGUAGAAGAUUCAUCUCUUACAGAAGAAACUUCUUCUAAGCAAAGUCAUGUAGAUGUGAACAAUCUUCCAUCUGACCCAGGGCUACGACAAAAAAUUUCUUCUUAUCAUCCUAACAAUCAAGAUGAAAUCAAAAGAGCAUAUUUACAAAAGGGUCCUUGUCAACCUCUUGACCACAAUUUUCCUCAAAGAGACAUUAGUGGAGUCAUGCGUCGGUUUAAUCCUGCUUGGUUUAAAGAAAAUAAGAAUUGGUUGGAAUAUAGCAUAGAAAAGGAUGUUGUAUUUUGCUUAUGUUGUUAUUUAUUUAGACCUGAUACCGGUAAACAAGCGGGUGGUGACACUUUUGUGGCAGGAGGGUUCACAACUUGGAACAAGAAAGAAAGGCUACGAAUUCACGUUGGGGGUCUUAAUAGUGCUCAUAAUCAAGUUGUGAAGAAGUGUGAGGUUCUUAUGAAACAAAAGCAACACAUUGAAAGUGCCUUUUCUAAGCAAUCUGAACAAGCAAAGAUUGAAUAUCGAACUCGUUUGAAUGCAUCAGUUGAUUGCAUAAGGUUUCUUUUGCGACAAGGUUUAGCGUUUCGUGGUUAUGAUGAAUCUAAUGAUUCGAGUAGUAAAGGAAAUUUCCUUGAGCUUUUUCAGUUUCUAGCUGAUCACAAUGAAUCUAUCAAUGAAGUUGUGUUGAAGAAUACUCCAAAAAAUAACAAGUUAUGUCAUCCUAAUAUUCAAAAAGAUAUUGCCAAUACUGCAGCAAGUGAAACUACCAAUGCUAUCAUCCAGGAUCUUGGCAAUGAGUAUUUUUCAGUAUUAGUCGAUGAAUCUCAUGAUGUGUCGAUCAAAGAACAAAUGGCUGUUGUUCUGCGUUAUGUAGAUAAAGGGGUAUUGUUACAGAGCGGUUUCUUGGCGGCAAUUGAGUCUUUGUUUUCUAGGCAUGGAUUGAGCUUAGCAAGAAUACGUGGGCAAGGUUAUGAUGGAGCUUCUAAUAAGCAAGGUGCAUUCAAUGGUCUUAAAACUUUAAUUCUGAGGGAGAAUAAAUCAGCGUAUUAUGUUCAUUGUUUUGCUCAUCAACUUCAGUUGACUCUUAUUGUUGUUGCUAAAAAUCACAUUGAUGUUGCUGAAGUUUUUUGCUUGGUUUCCAAUUUGGUGAAUGUUGUUGGAGGGUCUUGUAAGAGACGGGAUAUUCUUCGAGAGGCACAAGCUACUAAAGUUGCUGAAGCAUUGAACAAUGGUGAACUCUUAAGUGGGCAAGGUUUGAAUCAAGAAACUAAUCUUAAAAGGGCUGGUGAUACACGGUGGGGAUCACAUUAUGGAACAAUUAUAAACUUGAUUUUGAUGUUCCCAUCUGUUAUUGAUGUGCUUGAGGUUGUUAAAGAGGAUGAUUUACACGCCGAGCGAAGAGUUGAAGCUCGUUCUCUUAUGGAUUCAAUGCAAUCUUUUGAAUUUGUCUUCACUUUACACUUGAUGAAAAAUAUAUUAGGGAUCACACAUGAGUUGUCAUUAGCACUACAAAGAAAAGAUCAAGAUAUUGUAAAUGCAAUGACAUUAGUUAAAGUGUCUAAGCAACAAUUGCAAAUGAUGAGAGAUGAUGAAUGGGAAUCCCUAUUGGAAGAAGUGUACUUAUUUUGCGGUGAACAUGAUAUUCUUAUCCCUAACAUUGAUGAUAGAUUUGUAGCUCGUGGGAGGUUACGCCGCAAAGCUCCUGAAAUCACAAAUUUAUACCACGACCGUGUUGAGAUCUUCUACACUGUUAUAGAUAUACAACUUCAAGAGCUUAACAACCGGUUUACAGAGGCAAGUACAGAGUUGCUUCUAUGCGUGGCAUGCUUGAACCCCAAUAAUUCAUUUUGUGCUUUUGAUAAGCAAAAAUUAAUCCAUCUUGCUGAAUUCUAUCCAUCUGAUUUUUCUGCGGUAGAUCUCAUGGCACUUGAUAAUCAACUUCAAAACUACAUUGUUGACAUGCGCUCUAGCAAUGAACUUUCCGAACUCAAAGGAAUUGGUGACCUUACUAGAAAGUUGGUAGAGACAAAGAAAGAUAUUUUGCGACUGCAACAGUGGAAAGAACAUUUUCAGCAAUGA